UAUCUAUGUUUAUCAGUCACCGCGUCGAAGUCCUUGGCCAGUUCCAGUUGACGUGUUUCCGUCGCCACUUGUCGACUGCCGUUCUCGUGUGCCUUGCUCGGUCGGUCGUCUGACGACCGUCGUGUGACCAAAUUUAGCACGAGAUGUCUGCUGUUGCAGGGCCUACUGGUUUUUGUCGACUUCCGGCUGACGAACGUCAAUAGUCAUUGCCGUCGAUCUACACAAUCAUUUAGAAAAAUUGUGACGACUUGUCAAAAAGAGGAGAAAAUCAGUAAUGAACACAAAAAACUGAACGACGAUAGAAAAAUGAUAGUUAAUAUUCACUUCGCCCGCGGAUUAUUGUGUGUCACCGCCGCUGUUAUAUUGGGCACCGUCUCUGCAGCGGAUAUACGUAUAUGGCCAGAUGUUCCUGAACUUACCCUGACAUCAGGGGCUGAUCUCACACUUAAAUGUACAGGAGAUGUACCUGUAAAAUGGAAUCAAUAUCAAUAUGAUCCAAGUUUACUUAUAGAAAGAAACUCCUCAAUCGACAUAUCACAAGGACUGGCUAAUAAUAGUUAUAUAUCUCUGCUAUCACUAAGUAGAGCAAGUUAUUUAGAUACUGGAUACUACUUCUGUGAUCUAUUUACUGAAGUCGCAGGAGUAGAUGAACACAAUGCAGCGAUAUAUUUAUAUGUUCAGCAUGAUACACAUUUAUUAGCGAUUCCUGAAAAUUUAGUUUUAUUAUCUCAGGAUGAAUUUGGUAAUGUUAUUAUUCCUUGUCGGCCAACAUCACCAGAUAUAAACGUAACAUUAAUAAAAGACGAAGAAGAGAUUACUGAGAAUUUAGAGUAUGAUCCGAAAAUAGGAUUUACACUUAGGUCACCAUCAGUUCAAGAUUCUGGUGUAUACUAUUGUGAGGCAAUGAGAAAUAACAGCAAUGAAUUACGAGAAUUAACUAUUUACAUUAAUCCUAAAGUGCAUAAAGUAGUUAUGCCUUACAUCAAUAGUAGUGAUGCACAUACAGGUCAUUUAAUUAUUGGUCAAAAUUUAACCCUAAAUUGUUCUGUAAGCAUGGAUCUUGGUAUUUCUUUCACAUUACAUUGGAAAGUUCCUAAUGAACAGAAGCUUCAGGCUGGACACGUGUUAAUUGGCAAAGAAAAUGUCUAUAAUGGUUUGAAACUUGGAGUUGGUAAUUGUGUUGGUAGUCGAUUGUUGAGCAUUCAAAAUGUUACUCCCGAAGAUGAAGGCGAUUAUGUUUGUGAAGUAACAGUACAUUCUGGACAUAAAAACAAUGCUACAUACAAACUUAAAACAUUCACACCCGAUAUGACUUAUUUAAGUUUGUCAGUUCAAGGUAAUGUUUAUGUAAUAACACGUAGAGCAAGAACUCGGCAGGUACAAUGGAUAAUUCAAGUAUCCGCAUACCCAAAACCAUCUCUUGUAUGGAGAGAUCCUAGUGGUAAAGAAUUAGGGAUGAAUCCAGAAAAGAUAUCAGUGGAAAAUGACAAAAGUACAUCCAAAUUAGUAAUAAAAAAUUUAGAGCUGUUCGAUUCUGGUACAUAUGAAUUAGUUGCAGAUAAUGAUGCACAUGUGAAACAAAUUACUGUAACCUUGCUAGUUGAAGACAAACCAUUAGUUCAAAUAAUCAAUAGUUCCAACUCAAAAGUAUUUCAUGAGCUGGGAAAAAUGUAUAGUGUUGAAUGUUAUUUAGGUGGUUAUCCUUUGCCAGAAGUUGAUUGGGCUUUUAAAAAGUGUCCAAAUUAUCCUGAGUGUGAAGAAUCAUUUACCCAUAUUCCUAGAAGCAUGUAUAAAGAAACUGGGUUUAAAGAAACAUUCCUUAUAUCAUCAGUAAAUAUUACUGCUAUUGAAACUGGAAUACUUUUUUGUAACGCUACAAAUGAAUUUGGAAAUUCUAAUUAUAAUUCUACAUUUUUUGUUACUGAUGUAUCAAAUGGGUUGGCUAUCACAGGACCAACAAUUGUUGUUGAUGGCGAUGAUAUAACAAUUGAAUGUGGGGCUUCUAAAUAUAUGUAUAAUGAAUAUAUUAAAUGGAUCUUUCGAGAUUUAAAUGAUAAAGAGCAUCCAGUGAAUAUUGAUAAAAAUGUCAUCUUAACAAAUAAUAAAACAGCACUUUCGUAUCGUUCAUAUUUAAUGAUAAAAAAUAUCACUAAUAAAUUUGAUGGAGAAUAUUUGUGUAUAGUACCCGAAUUGCAAGAGAACAAUUCAGCUACAAUAUUGUAUUCUGUAUUAGUCCAGGAAUCAAAAUUACCAGCUAUUCUGGAUUCACCAAAUUCAAGUAUUUCGAUAGUAAAAACUGGUAAUUCAACCCAAUUUAGAUGUUAUAUUAAAGAAGGCAUGCCACCACCUACUGUCACAUGGUUUAAAAAUGGCCAAGUAUUAAAGGUCAAUAAAAAUGAUAGUAGGCUCGAAUUGCGGGAUAAAAAUCAAACAUAUGUAGUAAAGUUUGCUGCAUUAGAAGAUGAAGGCAAUUAUGUGUGCAAUGUUUCAAAUAAAGUUGGCAGUGCUAUUUCAACAUAUAAAUUAAUCAUUAAAGAUAAACCUUUAGAGCAUGAACAUUUUAGUCUCAUUGCUUUUUGUUCUGUGUUAACUAUUCUUUUGGGAGUUCUUAUGAUAUGCUGUGCUGUACAUUUAAAGAGAGAAAAGAAAUUAAAAAAAGAACUAGCUCUAGCUGGUCUGUUACACUUUGAGAAUGGUGCUGUUGAAAGCUGGAAUCCUGAUUUGGGGAUUGAGGAACAGGCAGAACUACUUCCUUAUGAUAAACGAUGGGAGUUUCCUAGAGAUAAACUAAAACUUGGUAAGCAAUUGGGUUCAGGAGCAUUUGGAGUUGUCUUUAAAGCUGAUGCAAUUGGUAUAAUUGAUAAAGAUACCACUACAACUGUUGCUGUAAAAAUGAUUAAACCAAACACAGAUCCGUCAUACAUAAAAGCCUUAGCUUCUGAAUUGAAGAUUAUGAUACAUCUUGGUAGGCAUUUGAAUGUAGUCAACUUACUUGGAGCUUACACUGGAAACAUAAACAAAAGAGAAUUGAUGGUGAUUGUGGAGUAUUGCCGUUUUGGAAAUAUCCAUCAAUACAUGUUGAAACAAAGAGAUUGUUUUGUGGACCAAGUUUCAACAGAUGGCUAUUUAGAUUACAAUAUUAAAUCAAUAUCUAAAAAUCCAUACUAUGUAAAUGUCCCUAACAAAACCAAUUUAUCUGAAAAAUGUGAUGAUAGUAGUACCCAAAUUGGUUCUGAUGGGUAUUUAGUCCCUGAUGAAGUUGAACCCGAGUGGCGGAGCAAUUACCGCGGAGAUUAUAAAAAUUUGAUUGUUAAACCAUCAUGUACUCACGACUUAAUAUGUUGGUCAUUUCAAGUAGCACGAGGAAUGGAAUAUCUUGCUAGUAGAAAAAUUUUACAUGGCGAUUUAGCAACAAGAAAUAUUCUAUUGGCUGAAGAAAAUAUUGUUAAAAUAUGUGAUUUUGGAUUUGCAAAAACUAUGUACAAUAGUGAGAACUACAAAAAAAAGUCUGAUAAGGAUCUUUUGCCAGUAAAAUGGAUGGCAAUUGAAUCUCUCCGUGAUCGAGUUUUUUCAACACAAUCUGAUGUUUGGGCAUUUGGUAUUGUUCUGUGGGAAAUAUUCUCAUUAGCGGUUACUCCAUAUCCAAAUAUUCAAAAAUUUAAUGAUCUAUUCAAUAGACUGGUUGAAGGUUAUCGAAUGGAACAGCCAAAAUAUGCCAAUUCUGAAAUAUACAAUAUAAUGUUAGACUGUUGGAAAAUGAAUCCUAUGACAAGGCCAUCAUUCACUGAUUUAGCUGAACGUCUAGGCGAUUUAUUACAAGAUGGUACUAAAUCACAUUAUAUGAAUUUAAAUGAGGUAUAUAUGAGAAUGAAUACGGAAGGAUCAGUUUCAACUGAUUACUUAAGUCUUUUAACGGCACCGACAUAUUUGAAUUGUUCAACUGUGUCUGAAAACAAUUUAAAUUCAUGUCUAAACAGUUCUGAACAUUCUGAAAACAAAGAUGAUUUGGAAUUGAGGCCUAUGUUACAUAAUCCAGUUGAGUGUUCUGGUUAUAUAAACCUAACAAAACCAUCGUCUUUUUCUAACCCCAAUUAUGAUGUUGUUGAUAAAUCCAAAAAUUAUUCAUACUUACAAUCACCGUGUCCAAGUUAUGUUUGAUGAAGCAAGAAACCUUUAAAGAUUGACAUUUUGCAACGGUUAAAUAAAUUAAUGGCAUUGUUACCGUUUCUGUUUUAAUAUAUUUUUUUGUAAUAACAAAUGACUGAUGAACAAACAUAUAUUUUUAAAAAUAAAUAUUGAUAUAAUUUUGAUUUUAUGAUAUUAUUGUAUCUAAGUAUUAUGAAAAUGUUAUGAUUAAACUAUAUACUGUUAAUAAAAUUAAAAAAUAUAUAUAUAAAAAAAAGUUAAUUAAUUUCAAGAUGUAAAUAACAAGCCAUAUUUAUUAUAUAUUUUUAAUAUUUAUUAUUGCCCCCCAAAAAAACGUUAAAUAUAUGAAUGAUAUAUAAUAAUUUGAUAUUAUCAUGCAUCCCUUAUAAUAUGUUUUUUUGUAUUAAAAAAUUAAUAUAUAUUAUAUUUAUAUUUUGUAAGAUAAUAAUUGAUGUUGUAUAUAACUAGAUCACUAUGGAUUGACUUGCAAGGUAUAAUUGAGUUGAUGAUUGCUGAAAUAUUGUUAAUGUAUUUACACUAUAUAUUUUAUACCAACAAUUUGUACAUUAUUCUAAUUAAUAUCUUAGUAAUUAUUUCUUUAUAAAUUAUUUGUCUUGGGUCUGGUAACAGUGUAACACCACAAAAAAGAAACAGUUAGAUAGAUACUGUUAAGAUUAUUAUUUAGUCAAUUAUGUGUAAAGACAUGCUUAAAGAACAGGUAUUUUUUAGUUGUUUAUUCUUUAAUUUGGUUUUGUUUUCAUAUAACUUAUUUUAUUUUAAGUUUAUCUUUUAUUGUACUGACUUUAGUAAUUUCUGCCAUCAUCAAUCCAUCAAUAAUGUUGUAUGUAACUAGUCAAUACCAAAUAAAAUAAUAAUUAAUUAUGAAUUAUUUUUGAAAAUAAUUAAACUAUUCCAUCCAUUUAAUUGUAUUCGUUUUAUGUGAUAACAUGUAUUGUAUUUUAUUGUUUUUUUAAAUAAUUAUUAUUAAUUUAAAUUAUUUAUAUUUUUGUUUUUAUUGGUUGAUUUAUAUAAUGACUUCUUAUUUAAAACCUAUCAAUAUAACACUGU